CGGCAAGGCAUCUCCAUCCGCCCGCCUGUGGAGGCGGCAGCAGAGCGGGCGGGCACCUCCCGGCUCCCACCUCUUCCCGUUCUUUCUGACUCGGUACAGGCUGGCGCGGAAGUGACGUCUGCGCUGGUUUGAAGCCAUUUCCGGGCGGAUUCUCCCGCCUUCAGUUUAAUUUCCGGGCCGACGCCAGGCUUCCCUCUCCCGGCGGCUCCUCCAAGCCCCUUCAACGCAGCUCUCUGCGACUUCCGGCCCCGCCCCUCUUGGCAGUUAACUCCUCCGUGUCCACCCUGGCCGCGGGCUCCGCCCCCUCCUGACUGAGCCCCGCCCUGCGGCCGCCCAGUCUCUCUCCCGGCCGCGCGCGAAAAAGGCAUUGCCAGGCGGGGGAGCUCGCGGGCCGGGUAGACACUUCCGUCUCGGCUGUUUCGCAACAUGGCAGCGACAGCGGGAGGCAGCAGUGGGGGGGCCGAGCCGAGGCCCCUUAGUGGGGGCACCGUGUUCCUGUUCGACCGGCGCUGGAAGGAGGCGGACCCCGACGAGAAAGCGUUGAGCUGCGGCGGCGGCAGUUACCGCGGCUUCCGCAGCACAGUCUGCCAGGCCUUUGGCAUCUCUUCCGGAGAGAAUUUUGUUAUCACAACUACUAACAGACAACAGAUUACAGAGGACAACUUCAAUGAGGUUGUUCAAGAUGGGGUCACUUUAUAUUUGCUCCAGUCAGUGGAUCAGAUGCUACUUUCAGCAACAAAGGAACGAAUUGACUUCCUACCACACUAUGACACGCUUGUCAAAAGUGGCAUGUAUGAAUACUAUGCCAGUGAAGGGCAGAAUCCUUUGCCAUUUGCCCUUGCUGAGUUGAUUGACAAUUCUUUGUCAGCUACUUCCCGAAAUACUGAUAUUCGGAGCAUACAGAUAAAAUUGUUAUUUGAUGAAUCCCAAGGAAAAUCAGCUGUUGCUGUGAUUGAUAAUGGAAGAGGAAUGACUUCUAAACAGCUUAACAACUGGGCUGUGUAUAGAUUGUCAAAAUUUACAAGACAAGGUGAUUUUGAAAGUGACCAUUCGGGAUAUGUGAGGCCCCCACCAGUACCUCGUAGUUUAAAUAGUGACAUCUCAUAUUUUGGUGUCGGAGGCAAACAAGCAGUUUUCUUUGUUGGACAGUCUGCCAGAAUGAUAAGCAAACCUACAGAUUCUCAAGAUGUCCAUGAGCUUGUACUUUCAAAAGAAGAUUUUGAAAAGAAGGAGAAGAACAGGGAAGCAAUAUACAGUGGAUAUAUUAGAAACAGAAAGCCAGCUGAUUCUACUCACAUCACCACUGAUGAUGAAAAAUUCCUACAUAACCUCAUUAUUGAAGAAAGGGACAAGAAGAGUUUCACAGCAGUUGUCAUUACAGGUGUACAACCACAACACAUACAGUACUUGAAAAACUAUUUUCAUCUUUGGACAAGGCAAUUGGCACACAUCUACCACUACUAUAUCCAUGGACCAAAAGGAAAUGAAAUUAGUGCAGCUCUAAAGGAAGCAAGUCCUUUCAACAACAUUGAUAUUGAGAUUUCAAUGUUUGAAAAAGGAAAGAUACCAAAGAUUGUCAAUCUUAGAGAGAUCAAAGAUGACAUGCAGACGUUGUAUAUAAAGACUGCAGCAGAUGGCUUUGAGUUUAAGGCACAUGUUGAAGGGGAAGGUAUAGUGGAAGGCAUCAUCCGCUAUCAUCCUUUCUUAUAUGAUAAAGAAACUUAUCCUGAUGACCCAUGCUUUCCAUCACGAUUAAAGGAUGAUGAUGACGAUGUUAAUGAUGACUGCUUUGUGGUAGAAAAAGGGGCCAGAGGGAAAAGGCCUAUAUUUGAAUGUUUUUGGAAUGGAAGGUUAAUUCCGUACACAACUGUAGAAGAUUUUGACUGGUGUGCGCCUCCGAAAAAGAGAGGACUUGCACCGGUUGAAUGCUACAACAGAAUUUCUGGUGCGUUAUUUACCAAUGAUAAGUUUCAAGUCAGCACAAACAAGCUAACUUUUAUGGACCUGGAGUUAAAACUAAAAGAUAAGAACACUCUUUUCACAAGAAUCUUCAAUGGACAGGAACAGCGAAUGAAAAUAGACAGAGAAUUUGCUUUGUGGCUCAAAGACUGUCAUGAAAAAUACGACAAACAGAUAAAAUUCGUACUUUUUAAAGGAUCAUCUGCUCGUACUGACUUGCCAUCGAAAAGAAUGCAGAGCCCUUGGGCUACCUAUGCUUCAAUAGAGUGGGAUGGGAAAACAUACAAAUCUGGGCAGUUGGUGAAAACAAUUAAAACUCUCCCAAUAUUCUAUGGAAGUAUCAUUAAAUUUUUUCUGUAUGGAGAUCAUGAUGGUGAUGUGUAUGCUACUGGAGGGGAAGUUGAAAUAUCUCUAGAACCUCAAGCGUUAUAUGGUGAGAAAAAAAUUAUUCCAAUCUCCAAACUUGACAGAACAGUUUCUGACAAGUCGGUUAAAAAAUACAUAGAAGAUGAAAUGGCAAGACUUCCUGAUCGAUUGUCAGUAACAUGGCCUGAAGGAGAUGAAUUGUUACCAAAUGAGACAAAGCUUGCUGGUACUCCAAUAGGAGCAUUAAGAAUUGAAAUACUGAAUAAGAAAGGAGAGGCAAUGCAAAAACUUCCCGGUACAAGCCAUGGCGGGUCAAAGAAACUGCUUGUUGAACUUAAAGUUAUUUUACACACUUCAAGCGGCAAUAAGGAAAUCAUUUCACAUAUCAGUCAGCAUGGAGGAAAAUGGCCUUACUGGUUUAAAAAAAUGGAAAAUAUUCACAAACUUGGAAGCUACACUCUGAAACUGCAAGUGGUAGUGAAUGAAAGUAAUGCAGACACUUACGCAGGAAGGCCUCUACCAUCUAAAAUGUUUAAGUUUACUAUUGUAGAGGGUAAGCCAGAGAAAUUUUCUGUGGGUCUUUUGGAUCCUCCAUUUCGAGUUGGAGUACCAUUUAAUAUUCCUUUGGAUUUGCAAGAUGAGUUUGGUCAUGCAACACAGCUGACAAGUCAUAUUGACCCAAUUCUUGAAGCGAGUGGUUUGACAUUAAAGUAUCAAGAAAUAACAAAAGGAGAAAAUUGUACCAUUAAGGGUGUCACUGCUAAAGGCCUCGUAAAUAUUUAUCAAGGCAAGAACUUUAAUCUGAAGGUUAUUCUUCCUGGUUUGAAAGAAGACUCUCAGGUCUUAAAAAUCAGAUUACUGCCUGGCCCACCUCAUCAGUUGAAAGUGAAACCAGAUUCUGAAAUUCUAAAGAUUGAAAAUGGGACCGCUUUCCCCUUCCAAGUUGAAGUGUUAGAUGAAUCCGGAAAUAUAACAUCCCAGCCAAAACUGAUAGUUCAUUGUAAGUUUUUAGGUGCUCCAGAACUUCCUCUGUAUGCUGUGGAUUGCAGUAAUGCUGGAACAAAUAUUUUAACUGGACCAGUUAUACAUGUGCAAAAUAUAAAAAAGGACCAGAUGCUCAAAGCAAGGAUUGAAAUACCUAGUUGUAAAAAUGUGCCACCAAUAGAAAAGACUAUUAAACUGCUCCCCAGUAGCCAUGUUGCAAGAUUGCAGAUCUUAAGUGUGGAAGGACAAAAAGCUAUUCAAAUCAAACAUCAGGAUGAAAUUAAUUGGAUUGCUGGGGAUGUCAUGCACAACCUUAUCUUUCAAAUGUAUGAUGAAGGAGAAAGAGAGAUCAACAUCACUUCAACUGUAGCAGAAAAAAUUAAGGUUAACUGGACACCCAGGAUUAACCGAGAACACCUGAUUCAGGGACUGUUACCAGAUGUAAAAGUGCCAACGUCUAUAAAAGAUGUACGUUAUUGCCUAAUUACAUACCUUGAUGAUCAUGUAUCUUUGGAGAGUGCAUUUACAGUCAGACCACUUCCAGAUGAACCCAAACAUAUUAAGUGCAAAUUAAAAGGGCCAAAUACCAUGCAAAUGGGUGAAGAACUGCAGAGUGAAAUUGAUAUAAUGGUUACAGAUCAGUAUGGAAAUCAGAUUCAGACGUUGACAUCCUCUUGUAUAAAUUCCUUGGGGAUUUCUGGGAUUGGGCUUGAUAAAUCAAAUGUGAAAAUGAUUUGGCAGGAAAGUACACAAACCAUUACAGUAAAAGGUAUUAAGUUUAAUCCAGGUCCACCUGAAAGCAAAGAAUUAUGUUUUGCUUGGCGUGAGUUUUCUGAUUUCCUUAGAAUAAAUUUGACUGCUGGACCUCCAGCCAAACUGCACCUUGUGGACUGGCCGGAGUUAGAAGAGCCUAUUUCAGUGAUUAAUGGCAGAGAACUGCAGAAGCCUCUUAUAGUUCAGCUCUGUGAUCAGUGGGGAAACCCAUCUCCUGAAUCAAAUGUCAGAAUCAGUCUUACAAAGGCAAACAUCAUAAAGAUCCUUCCUACCAUCCAGCAACAUAAAACAGAUGAAAAUGGUAGGGCCAAUCUUGGAGUUUUUAGUAUUCAUGCACCUAGGGGAGAACAUUCUUUACACCUUAAAGCCUCAUACAGCAAGGGCAUAUUAAAUUGCCCUGUAAUCAAGAUAAAUGUCCUGCCUGACCCUGAGAAACCUGUAUGCUUGAAUGUUAAGUAUGACAAAACUGCUUCUUUUGUAGCAGGAAGUACCUUCCCUGAUUUUAUGGUUAGUAUUAUUUCUGAAGAUGGCAACAUCAUUAAAAAUAUUAACCCAGCACGGGUUUCUAUGAAAAUGUGGGAAGGACAGAACAGUGGAACUAGAGCAUCAGCUAAUGCUACAUCAUUUGCCUGUAGCAAAGUCAAGGAUGACAAAGAUGAAGGCUUCUUUUACUUCAGGGAUAAAAUGGUUCCAGAGAGAGUGGGGAAUUACAGCAUCCAGUUUGGUUUUGCGCUAGAUAAGACAAAUAUACUCAACAGUGAACAGAUAAUAAUUGAAGUGGUACCUAAUGACCCAGUGCGAUUGCUACCUGAACCUCCACCAGCUACUCCGGCAGUGUCUAAUGUUCAAGCUGUUGCCAGCCGGACUCUGGUCAAGAAUUUAUGCCUUCAUAUAAUGGAUGAAUACAACAAUCGUACAGGAGACUAUUUGGCUGGCAAGAUAAUAGCUAAAAUUGAGUGUCCUAAUGAAGACGAUACAGAGAUCCCUCUGUUUCAAGGGAAAGUUAGUACAGUAGAAUUUCCAUUUCAUUAUGGAUCUGCUGAAAUUGUAAAUCUAGUGUUGGCAGAAAAUAGCCCAGGAAGAGAUAGCACUGAAUAUAUUCUUGCAUUUGAACCAGACCUGCCAGGUUUGGAAAAACCUUUGGAACCGUAUCGUCUGUCCUUUAUGUUUUACAAUAAUUUUAAGAAGCAGCAGCAAAUGGCAACACUUACAAGAGAGAGAGACCAGCUAUCUCAGUCAAUACUUGCAUACAGGAGUUUAUUUGAAACCAGCAACCAGCUUGUUACUGAAAUGAAAUGUCAGGCCAAAGAAGCUGAAACGAGAGAAACUCAUCUGAAGAAUGAGCUGAAAAAACAUCAAAUCAGCAUACCACCGACAAACAUACUGCAGCAUGUUGAUUCUCUCAUAAAACAAAAGAUACUGGAGCAGGAAGCAGUAAUGAAGCAACCUAGGAGAACAUGUACCCUCCCAAACUAUUCCAAAGUCAAUCAAGAUAUUUUAGGGAAAAUUGCACACUUAGCACAAAUUGAGGAUAACGAGGCAGCAAAAGUCAUCUCUUGGCAUUUGGCAAGUGACAUGGACUGUGUAGUCACCCUGACUACUGAAGCUGCUCGUCGUAUCUUUGAUGAAACCCAAGGUCGACAGCAAGUGCUGCCUCUUGAUUCUAUAUUUAAGAAGACUCUCCCUGAUUGGAACAGGCCUUUACCUCACUUUCGGAAUGGGAAAGAUUGCUUCAAACCGAUUGGAAAACCUGUAUUUGCCAGAGAUUUGUUAACAUUUCCAGAUAAUAUAGAACACUGUCAGAUAGUGUUCGGGAUGCUCUUAGGAGACACCAUCAUAAUAGACAAUUUGGAUGCUGCCAAUCAUUAUAGAAAAGAGGUUGUAAAAAUUGCACAUUGCCCAACAUUGCUGACUAGGGAAGGAGAUAGAAUUCGCAGUAAUGGAAAGUUUGGAGGCCUUCAAAAUAAAGCUCCACCGAUGGACAAACUCAGAGGAAUGGUAUUUGGUGCACCCAUGCCAAAACAUUACUAUACGCUCUCUGGGCAGCUAGAACUUCUUCAGCAAUACCGUACAUCAGUGAUAAAACUUAAUUGUGCAAAUAAGGACCUUGAUUCACAAUUACAGUCCCUGAAAACUCCAGAGAUGCAAAAGAAAAAACAGGAACUUGCCGAGCAAGAGAAAAAUCUCAAGCUAGUAGAGCAGAAACUGGGUAUGACCCCAUCAGAUAAAGGCUCUGAAUCAUUUCAACCAACAACACUUGAUUUUUCAGACAGCCCCAUUCCUCCCAAAAGAAUGAGAAGAGAAAUGGUAAAAAAGUUAUAUAGUGCAGAAGAAUGGAUCUCUCCUACAAAGAAGCAACAGCAGCAGCAAAUGCAGACCUCUACAUCAGAAUUUAAUGGAACACCACGGAAGAGAAAGGCAUAGACCAAUUACAUUUGUUGAAAAGUAACUGUGUAUUGAAAAAUGUGCAUAAGCUCAUUUAAAGAAAUAUUCAUGUUGUAUUACAAAUUAAUAUGAAGAUUUUUAUACAGAUAGAAGAUAUAAAUGUAUUUCAGUUAGUAGCAACAGCAAUUUCCUAAGUAUUUAAAAAUUGGUAGUCUAAUUUUUGUAUAGUUAGCUUUUAUUUCUAAAAUUUUUCAGAGUUUUUAGGUUUCUGAAUGUGGAAAAAGCUUAAAAUACAGCCUUUUUUAUUUAUGAAGAUUUUCAAACUUUGCAAUAAAAUUGCUGCAAUAUAGAAAA